CUACAAAUCCGUCACUUUGUUGAAACAGAAGCAGUUACGUUUAAAACGCAAUUCUUAUCUACUUUAUGUCUAUCCAAUUUAUUUAGUUCUAUCUAGACGCUAAAAAGGGAAUCGGGACUUCAUUAAAAUUUAUUUCAAGCACCGCACAUAAAGCUUUGUAAGUACUUAUCUCGAGUAUACAUCCUCUUAUAAGAAAGGAACGAGUUCUAAGCAAGUUCAAAAGGAAGAGAAGAAGUAGUCUUGCGAUCUUUUAUCUUUUUUCUUUUCCUUUUUUUUUUACCGGUAAACGUUCAUUUCAAUGCUCGAAUUAAUUACGUAUAAUUAGUUAAAUAAGUAUAAUUAAUGAGUUGGAAAUGACUAUACGGGGUAGUCCGUCAAUGAUUUAUAAUUGUAUCUAUGGUUUAUAGAUGUGGGUAUUUUUCAAACUGUUUUAUCGAUCGUAAUAGAAAGAAUUUUUAUCGGUAAUCGUAAACCCAUACCGACACUUUUGUUUCAUUUAUCGACGGUUUUAACUAUUUAUAAAAUCGCUAAAACUGUUUUAUCAUACGUGGUAAAGUAGUUUUUAUCAGUAACUUCAGGUAUACGGACAUUUCUAUAUUUUCUUUAUCGACAUUCAGUUGUAAUUAGUACAAACAUAACCUUAUUGUUUUGAGCAAAGAAAAACAGUAUUAGGAAGAUUAAUAAGAAAUAUAGAAAUGUCAGAAGUUAAAAAAGAUAAAGCUUCCUUGACGGAAUUAUUUGACAAUGCAUUUCGAUUAUUCAAUAAUAUUAAUAAAACAGACGAACCAACGAAUACUCCAAAAGUACAGUCUGACAUCAGGAAAGCAAUGAAUAUGUUUGAAGAUUUAACAAGAUUCGUAUCUCUAGUGGACAUGUUUAGUGAAAAUGAAACUAUCGAUGAAGUGUCAACGGAACAUCUCAAAUAUCUUCUAUUGCCGGCUCUUCUUGGUACUCUCAUCACUAAAAUAUGUGGUACUGAUGACAGAAUGCAUCUUGUCAAAGUAGCAGAGAUCUAUUUUGUUGAUUUUCUAAAAAGAGUAAAAGCUUAUGGACUCACAGAUAUAAAUAUUCCCGAACCUAAAUCAGAGGAAGAAAAUAGUAGCACAUCCAGUGACAGAGUAAAAAGUAAUGCUGAGAUGAUUACGGAAAUGGUUUCUCGUAGAAAUACAAAGUUGCAAAGAUAUAAGGAACAGAAAGAAUUGGAAACAUCUUUAGAUGUUUUGCAGAAAAGUAUGGAUAAUCCAAAUAUCGAUGAAGAAACAAAAAGGGAGUAUUUUAUCACACUUUUGAAAUUAUAUAUAACUCAAACAAUUGAGGAAUUAAGUUCAAUAGCUGCAGAGAAACCUAUAUUGGAGCACAUGCAGAAAGUGGGUCAUUCAGAUACAAUGACAUCUCAUUCUUCGCAUAAAUUUAAAUCAUCUGGCAGUAAACUCCAACCAAUUAUCAUUACUCGAAAUGAGCUGCAAAAGAAAGUUUAUGGUGCAGGAUAUCCAAGUCUUCCAGUAUUAACAGUACAGGAAUUUUAUGAUCAAAGAGUUAAGGAAGGAGAUUGGCCAGAUGCUUCACUACGUAAUCAAAUAAACUCCAGAUGUUUGCAAGAUUUGUCAAUUAGUGAUAAUAAUGAAAAUAACCAAGAAGAUAAAGAAGACAUUCAAAAGGAAGAAAAGAUAGAGAAGGAUGACCCACAACUUUUAGAACAAACUCGUGCUAUGGAUGAAUACAAGGAUAUGCAUCGUAGAGGAUGGGGAAAUCGUGCAAACAGAAGUUAAAUCUACAAUAAUGUAUCAAUAUCAAUUAAAAAUAAAAAACUGUACAAGAAAAAUAAAAAA